GCGAAGGAGACCCGAGGAGUCCGCGCUCCACCACAAGCUGGUCCACGGAACUCUCGACCCCCAAGCACCAUGGAUGAAGAGCAGCAGUUUGUGAAUAUCGAUCUGAACGAUGACAAUAUCUGCAGCGUCUGCAAGCUAGACACAGUGACGGGAACCUUAUCUUUCUGCCAUGUCUGCUUUGAACUCAGCAUUGAAGGUGUCUCCUCUGCCACCUUGUUACAUUUAAAGUCCCUACGUGGCCACAGAGACUGCUUUGAGAAAUGUCAUCUCAUCGCCAACCAGAAGCUGUCACGUUCCAAGGUCUCCCGAAGUGCCUACGAGGGCAUGAAGCUGGCCCUCAGCCAGAAACUGAACCGCAUCAUCCAGUAUGCCCAGAACAAAGACUCUGUCUCCACCAAUGGCCUCAGCAGACGAGGGACCAAGCUUCUUUGUUACAGCCAGCAGAGUGACUGUAAGCUGCUGCCACAGUCCGAUGCCCAGGUCCCUCGCUACACGCCUUGCUGGGACAUGGGCAAAGCAACAGGGCUGCCUGAUUACACCAUGGGGAUGUUGGAGUGCCACACAGUGGAGGAGCUUGGGCUCUUACAGGAGUCACAACCUAAGGUUUGGACCAGUGACAGCAGGCGAGGCCAGCAUGGGCGCAACCAGCCAUCAGGAGGGGGCCACCAGGGCCCCAGCAGAGCUGAACUGACCAGAAUGAGUGUAGACGAACUCCAUCAGCUGAAUUCCCAACUACUGAUGCAGAUUCAAAAGGUCUUCGAGGGGCUGACCGUGGCCGUGCAAGAGAAAGACUCGCUGGCGUCAGAGCUGCACGUGCGGCACAUUGCCAUCGAGCAGCUCUUUAAGAACUGUGCCAAACUGCCCUGGCUGCAAAUUAGCAGAGCCGGGGUCAAAGCCAGCAGCAGCAGCAGCAGCGGCCCCGUGGAGUGAGGUGGAAAACCUGAUACUUUUCUGCUGCUAGGAGGAAGCCGACAGAGACGUCAGCAUGCUGGUUGCAGUGAGGCGGAAAUUUCCGUUAUCUAUACUGAGUGACUGCUAUGACACUUUGGUGACACUGAGCUGUGAGCUCUGCACUAGAGCAACAUUAAGGGCUGGGUUGACAAGGCCUAUGUUUUUUCAUGGUUGCAGUGAUAAUACAAGGAUUAAUGGUGGGGUGCAGUUUGCUGCUGGACUUAUAGCUGAACAUCACCUAACUAAGAGUACCUUUGAUGUAUGUUGACACCAGGUGGGGCUCAGAGUCCAGGCUACAGCACAUGGUCAGAAAAUGUACUUACAUGGUCUUUAAAGAAUAACUUUCAAGGUUUUUAUCUUAUCAAACAAACAAAAAGGUUUGUCUGCAUAAUUUUACAUCAACAUUUUAUGUUGCUUUUACUUUCUUCUGAUGAGUUGGAUGUCAACCAUUUCAGUUUUCAUUUAAAGUCAGCACUGUUAAACACUCCUUCAAAUGUUAUCUGGUGGCUUUCUGCAGAAGUGAGCUACAGUAUUUUGUAACGAGGCGUGGGUGAACACUUGAAUACUGAAGCACAUUAUGUCGAUGGUUUCCAUCACAUUAACCAUCAGCCACUGCCAGCUCUAGUGUUUAAUUACUAGUCUUUUGUAAAGCAAAAUUUAGCAAUAUCAUGGCUGAAAACACGAGUUCUCUUCUAACUGCCAAAGUUUUCAUGAUACUUUAUGAAAAGUGGUCCUCUGAAAUGUUAUAUAGAUCAGGUAGGUUCAAUGGUAGAGAACUUCAUCUGCUGGAGAAAAUGCACAUAAUGAUACAUACUAAGAAAGAUGAAAUGUCUUUCUUUUGAAUUAUAGAAAUAUUCUAAAAAAAAUUGCAAGACAAAGAUGUUGGCAACUGAAAUCAAGUUACAUUUGGAAAAGAGCAGGAAUUAGACAACAUCCAAAGGUACCCUAAAGCCUCAGUGCAACAACAACACAUCAGAGACAUGUUAACUUUACUAGCUGAGCAGGUUUCUGACUGUGGGUUUAUUCACUAUUUUGGGAGUGUCCAUGAACUAAUACUGUCAAGCAGCACAUAGAAAUAUCAGUUAACAUACCCUCCCCAAAUCUCAAAGAUAGGAGGUAUUUUUUUAUUCAAACCUAUUAUUGCUGGUGAUAUUUACUUGACAUUUAGUGCAGAGCUGCUUGUUGUCCGUGGUAUAGCUGUUAAGCACAAGUCAUUUCUGGCUUUACACUGAAAAAGCACUAGUGAAAGAAGAAGCUAUUGAGAGAGAAACCCAGCUGACAAACCAAAGUCUGUAUUUGUGGUGUUUCGCGUGUGAAUUUUAAGCUUUGAAUAAUUGAUCAUAUUAUAAGAGAAAGAUGAAAUACCAAACUGUGUGAUAAUGAACUUUAGGUUUUAGUCUAAAAGGUGUGGAUGUGGAAACGAUUUGUUCUCCCGAACACAAUGUGUGCAUUUUAUGAUUUGAUUUAUUAAUCUUGAGUUUUUUCAUAUUCAGUGUUCUCAUUUGUUGCCCUCUCUUCUUCAUUAAAGGAUCCCAGCUGAGGUCACAGCAAUACAGAAAGGGCAGUUUGGUCUCCUGUGCCUCCGCAAGUCUAUUAUUUUUUAAUAAAAGGAGACAAAAAAGGACGUAGGGAUGGUUUUAACAACCUGGAGUUCUGCUUAAAGUAGUUUAUUAUUCAGGAAUCCUAUGCAAGAAAGACACAAGUAAAUCAGACGCCUUAUUAAGUAGAAACUAUGAUAAAGAAUAUUGGAUAUCUGAGUUUUCCUCAGAGGAGGUCAGAGCUACCGGUGUAUAAUAAGCUGGAGGUAAAACAAGAUUAUAAACAGGUUGAUAAAUAGAAGAACUCAGCUAUGUCAGUAUAUCUCUUUGCGCUCUCUUUGUAAGAGAUUUAAUGUAUUUGAGCCCUUUAGGGUUUGAAGUUAAACAUUUUUGCUCAAUUUAAAUUUUUCAGUUUUGGUUUCAUUUUGAUAACUGUUGUAAUUGGUGUGAUGAGAAGUCUUCAGUUGUGUGUUUUCUGUUUGUGCUUUGAAUAUGAAUGCUGUGUGUUUUCUCUUUUACUGUGGUUACAUGCCUGGGCCUGUGCCUCUUUUUUUUCAUCAUCUUUUACUGGAGGUGUAAACAUACCUGUAUGGCUUCCACCUCCUUCUUUUUGGACUCACUUGACUUUUUUUGAUCUUUUGUUUUUCUAAUGUUGAACAAGGCUUUUUUAAUUUGUGUUGUGUGAUGUUUUAUAUUCUAUUUAUUGUGUGUGUUCUUGGACAUCACACAGGCUGUGUGAUUUGUGCUUUAGCGACUUUGUAUU